AUGGCUCAGCUCAAAAUGGAAGCACAAAUUCAAGGAUCCUCGUCUGGUCUAUCCCAAAGCUCAAACGCCCGUUGGCUCGCUCUCACGCACCGCAACCGUUCUUCACACUCAUCCUUUCUAUAUGGAGUCAAAUCCACAAAGAUUUACUGUCGGCCUACCUGCCCUGCGCGUCUUGCGAGGAGAGCCAAUGUUGUGUUCUACGACACUGCAGAGCAAGCGCGGCGCGAUGGAUUUCGCCCGUGCAAGAGAUGUCAACCAGAUAAUGCGGACUUUGCCGGAGACAGGGAAGAGGUUGUUACAAAAGUUAUAGAGCUCCUGCGGGUAAGAAAGGAUAAUUUGACGGUGAAACUUGGCUUGAAAGAGUUGGCCAAGGAAGUCGGAGUAACGCCAAGCUAUCUGUGUCGUGUAUUCAAGAAGACGAUGGGGAUCACGGUAGGAACUUACUUGAUGGAGUUUGAGAAGGAAUCCAGUGAGGAUGGGACGGAGAGCUCAGCGCGGACUCCCAGUCAAUUUGGGUCGGAUGUGAGCUCAGGGACAGGGUUGACACUCCCAGCUACAGAAGAGAGUCCCCAAGUGCCUUUCGGUGAUACGCAGGGAGGAGUGUCAAAAGAAGGAGUAAGAAAUAUCGCGGAGGCUCUAGACUUGAACUUUAAUUUCCACGAGUGCUUUGCCAAUAUUGACGAUCAAUUCUGGACCGAAGAUUAUUGGACUGAGGACUCCUGGAAUGCAGGGUUCUGGAACGAAGGGUCCCUGUACUAA